GUGUGUUUCAGUAGUCGUAAAGAGAGGCUGUGGGUCAUAAUUUUUUAGAUUUUUUAUUGAGUGAAGAAAUACAAAGUGCUGGUCGAAAAUAUAUUGAAAAAAAGGGGGUGUAUCUUUGGGGAAGAGUGCAAAGAGGAAGAAAGAGAAGGAAGAGAGACGGGAGACAUUUUUUUUUUAGAGAUAAGAAGACAAGAAAGAAGGAUUUUAAGGACACGUUCAUAUAGAGAGAGAGAAUAAAAAAGAUGGCCGCUUCUAUAGGAUUGCGAGGCGGGGGAGCCCUGUCUGCCGCCGCCCUCCUUCUCUUCUGCGCCGCCGUGUGGAGUCCCCAGGGCGCCGUAGCUGUCG